CGCUGCAACUCUCAAUAUUAAUUCACCCUUGACUCUCAUCUGGGCUCUCUGAUCGCGCCAAUACCUACCGCUGGGACAGCUGAUUUCUGAAUAGCCCCUGUCAGCGGUAUCCCAGCGAGCCUUUUCACCAUGUCGCUGUCCUCCGAGCAGCGCGACUCUUUUACGAAGGUCAUUGACUCAAUCCUGGCUGAUAGUGACUUAAACACUAUAUCGUCAAAGAGCAUACGGAAGGGGCUGCAGGAGAAGUUCCCCGAAUAUAACCUCAAUGAAUACAAGGAUGCCGUGAAGGAUCUUAUCAUGGAGCGGUUCGACAUUUUUGCAAAUAAGAACGAAACGGAAUCGACGUCCUCAGAACAUGUCGUACCCACCACUGAAACGACGAACGGUCACAAAUCCAACGGAGUGCAAGCCGCCACUGCUAUUUCACCAACCCCGUCUUCGACGCCAAGUAGGAAACGCGAAUCCACAAGUGAGGACUUGGAGGAAAGUGAGCCUAAGAAACGACGACCCGAGCCGGAUGUCGACGCGGAUGCUCUUUUUGCAGCCAAACUGCAGGCUGAAGAGAACAAGCGCGCCCGUCCCACCCGAGGCAGCGCAACUCGCAAGUCCGCACCGGCAAAGAAAAAGUCCAAAUCGAAGACCGCAAAGAAGGUAAGAGCAGAGGAUGAUUCGGAUCUUGAAUCUAGUUCAGAGACAACACGGAAAAAAGCGGUCAAUCGCUCUACUGGUUUUCACAAACCUCUCAACUUGUCACCCGCUCUUUCUGAGCUAUUGGAUGGCGAAUUAUCGCUGUCGCGCCCCCAAACUGUUAAGCGGGUUUGGGAUUAUAUUAAAAAGAAUGACCUCCAAGAUCCCACGGAUAAACGACAGAUUCGAUGUGAUGAUCGACUGCGACCAGUUUUUAAACAAGACCGGGUUCACAUGUUUACAAUGACUAAGAUCCUCAACCAGAACUUGUACGACCCUGGUGAAUAAUGUGGAUCAUUUGCUACCGACCUUACAGGUUCCACCAUCGCAUUCACUCACACAUGAGUCUAAAAGCUGCUUCUGAAAGAAGACCAUCCCAUCUACAAUAUCCAGGUACAUGGAGGUACACUCCUGCCUGUCUAUGAAAGAUACUUACCAUCUACUACUAUCACAACACCUACUCUCACCACUUCGACUGCAUUGGUUCCACGGUGCUCACAGUGUUUUUAUUCAUCUUGAAAUGUCCCUCAAAUCGUUGAAUCCUUUCUGACCUGCAUCUUUUGCUCAGCGGUCGUAUUAUUGUUCUCGUUUAGCGGGUGUCGAUCUUCGUCUUUGUUCAUCGGAGCUU